AUGGUGCGCGCAGAACCGGAACCCCGCCGCUCGGUGCGCGCGACUAAGGGCCAGCAUACCAAGGCCUUCGACGACCAACCGAUCGAGCCUCCCAAGAAGCGCGGCAGAAAGAAGAAGCAGGAAGAAGAGCCCGAGGAUGAAAUCAUUCGCUGCGUCUGCGGCGCCACAGAGCAGGAUGGCGACUCCGAGGAGCCCUGGAUUGCCUGCGACAAAUGCGGCGCCUGGCAGCACAACGUUUGUAUGGGGAUGAGUGUCUUCUCUGAGGACCUCCCUAAGAACUAUUACUGCGAGCAAUGUGCGCCGCAGGAUCACAAGGAGCUUCUGUCCGCCAUGGCCAAGGGAGAACUUCCUUGGGAAGCGCGGAGGAAGGCCUACGAGGACGAACAAGCCGAGAAGAAGAAGAAGAAAAAGAAGGGCGGCAGGGUUGGGAAGCGCGCCAGCGACCCCAGGGAAGACUUGUCACAGGAUGCCAGGAGUAGCAAGGCCGAAGACUCCCCCGCGCCUUCAGAGACCAACCAGAAGAAGGACAAGAAGGAUAGUGGCGCCAAAGCCACCACGGGCAAGCGUAAGGUUCGAGAUGAAGAGAAGGAAACCAAGAUUCCUGCCCCCAAGAUUCGCAAGGUUGCCGAGCCCGAAGCCCCCAUUGUUGAGUACACAGCGCCGGCGGAUUUGACCGCCAAGGUCGCGGACCUCCCGGAUGAUCGCAAAGGCUCUGCCCAGCUUCUCCAGAAGGCCCUUAGUGCUAUACUCACGGCUGCCGUCAAGGACAAGAGUGUGACACUGCCAAAAGAUACCACCGUCGCGGCUAAGGCAGAGCGUCUCGCCCUCGAGAUCGAACGUGCGGUUCACGAUACGCAUCCCGAUCGUAGCCACUACGCAGCCCAGGCCAGAGCACUGUACGCCAACAUGAAGAUCAAUGCUGAUUUGACGAAACGAUUGGUGAAGCGCACCUUGUCGCCUCCAAUGUUGGCCACGAUGACCGCCGAUGAGCUGGCCACGAAGGAGAGACAGGAUGCCAACGCGCAGUUGAAGGCCAUCUCUGAGAAACAGUCUAUUCUCAUCACCGACGAGGGUCCCCGAGUUCGCCGCACGCACAAGGGCGAGGAAAUCGUCGAGAACGACUCUUUCCAGCAGUCUGACGAAGCACGGUCGUUCAUCAGGAGGCCUAGUGGCCGGGAGGGAGGCGCAGACAAGACAGACGGCGAGCAACGGUAUGACAACUCUGUAGAGUUGCCUGCGCAUGGAGGUCUUCAGAUCGACACACAAGGAGCUCGACAGUCCCCGAAACACCCCGACUUCGACAUUAACAAGGUCUUUGCGAAGACACCUACGGGGUCCCACACUCGUCGGCCAUCGGCACCGCUUCACGGGCCUGGCGUUGACCCCGAUGUUGACAGACUGCUUCAGGACGAGACAGACUCCCCUCCGUACUCGCCGACGGACGAAACUGAUCCAGAUGUGGUUUGGCGGGGCCAUCUUGUCAUGAGCUCCAUCGCCGACUUCCCGGCCGCUGCCAAGUAUGUUGCGGGGGCCAACCUCUCGAGAGCGAUCAACUUGCCCUGGACGAGCUUGAUUCCGAAGAAGCUAACGGUGGCCGGGCGCAUUGACGAGCAGAAAGCUAUCGAAUACCUCUGCGGUUUGCGAUAUGCUGACUUGACCGAUAUCGUCGUCGUGGCACUGUCACCAGCCUCUGACACGUUUCGCCAGGAGUUCCAGACCCUCUUCGAGUACUUUGUCAACAAGAAGCGCUACGCCGUUAUCGGUGACAAAGGCUUGGGCAAUGUACGCGACACAUAUCUCGUCCCGGUCCCUGCAGGUGAAGGCAACGUACCCGAGUUCUUGUUGAACUUGGCGGACAACUUCGUACCGCAAAAGCGAACUGAGCCUAUGCUCUUGGCCCAGCUCACCCUUGAACGUCACUCCCACCUCCCGGUUCCCCCUACCCACCUGGCUGUGUACUUCGUGCAUACGAUAGAGCUUCACUGCCACUGGUUGGCUGUGCUAGAGGCUAGAAGCGUCCAGUCCAGCCAGGUCCAGUUCGACGACGACGAAUUGCUGCUGUUCAGCCACACACUGAGCGAGCUGCCCACUGGUCGCCGCUAA